CCCCUUUGUCGAUAUCUACUCAUCAUCCCCUUCUCUGUUCGAAUCGAAGAAUCUUAUUAUUUUCCUUCUCUUCCAUCCACCGGCCUUACUGAUAUGAUAUCUUCAUCACUCUUACAAACAUGAUUUUUACCAUAUGAUUUAUCUGCCAUUCAUGCUUUACGCUUUUUGGUUUUCCUUCCUGGCACAAUGGCGAACUAGACCGGAAGAUCAGUUUUGUCCUCCAUGUUCACCUUCUUAAUUCCCUUCUAUUCCUUCUACCAACCCUACCAAUCAAAUAUAUCCACCGCCGUUUCUGGACCAGACUUUGGGGGUUCACAAGUCUCCAAGGCAAGAGGCUUGAUUGUAGUAGUUUCUACACUGGGGGAUGGUUGUCUCGAGGGAGGAAGCUUGGUCCAAGCGGCGACUCUCAUCCUAAAGAUCAUAUCUGCCAAGUUUAUAAGCUUUGAAUGGAUUUUUACUUGCAAUUCGGCUCUUAUCUUCAAGCCCCUGUUCCCCGACGAUUACCAUUUGAUUCUCGAAUUCUCAUGGUGGUGUGUUUCUUAUUGUUUCACAAUUCCUGGUACUUUCCCCACAUGCAGAUUGACACUUUUCUAUGGAGUUCGUCGGAUGAUAACUUGGUAGCUUCUGGGAUUUUUGGAUGCUCUGAGAUAGUUUGAACUUUGAAGAAAGGAUCAUGAUAUUAUUAGUCCUUUUUAGAUUCAAAGUUGAAAAAUUUUACCACUGAUGCUGCUAAUAAGGUAAGGCCAUUUUAUCCAGAUCAUAUUAGAAAUUCGG